AUGGCACCCUUACGUUGGGCUAUCGUUAGUGCUGGUACGAUCUCGCACGAUUUCGCCUGUGCCGUGUCCACAUUACCAGCGACGGACCAUCAGGUGGUUGCUGUCGGUGCCCGUGGGCUUGAAAAUGCACGCAAAUUCGCCGAACUGCACGGUAUACCACGGUUCUACGAAGGAUAUGAGCCGAUCGCAAAGGAUCCGGAAGUGGACGUCGUGUACGUCGGAACGGUCAACAAUGCGCACUACGAGGUCAGCCGUAUGAUGUUGGAAGCCGGCAAGCACGUCCUUUGUGAGAAGCCUUUGUGUGUAAAUCGCGGCCAGGCCCGGGCCCUGCUUGACUUUGCCCGCGAACGGGGUCUCUUCUGCAUGGAAGCGAUCUGGUCACGGUUUUUCCCGAGCUACAUCCAUCUGCGGGAACGGAUCGCGCGGGGCGAUUUGGGACGCAUCGAGCGGGUGGAGGUGCAGUUCGGCUUUCCGCUCACACACGUCGAGCGUGUGCGGAUGAAGAGUCUCGGUGGUGGUACCGUGCUGGACCUGGGUGUGUACACGAUCCAGGUGGCGAUGUGGGCAUUCCAGGCGGAACCGGUAAAGAUCGAUGCGGCUGGACAGUUGAACGAUGAGGGUGUGGAUGUUGGCAUAACGGCGACGCUUCACUUCCCUGGGGGUGGCGUGGCCAAUAUUAAGACCAGCGCUAUCGACAAGCUGUCCAACACGGCCGUUAUCAUUGGCACAAAGGGAUCGAUUACACUCCACGAUUUUUGGUGUCCCAUCGAGCUAACGGACAUUGAUGGUACUGUGCGCUCGUACCCACUGCCACCGUCCAAGGUGGAAUGCAUUCUGCUCAACAGUAUCGGACUGCGGUAUGAGGCGGAGGAAACGCGUCGACGCAUCUUGGCCGGAGAGCUUGAGUCACCGUCUGUGUCGCACAAGGACAGUUUGGCCAUUGCCGGUGUGCAGGACUCAAUCCGGAAGCAAAUCGGUGUAGAAAUGCCGGAAGACUACAUCUUUAAAAACUAG